AUGGCUGUGACUCCACCUUCAAAGCCACUUGUGGCUAUUGUAGGCGCUACGGGUACGGGUAAAUCUGAUUUGGCCGUAGAACUAGCUCAAAGGUUUAACGGCGAGGUUAUUAACGGAGAUGCGAUGCAACUGUACAAAGGGCUACCUAUCAUCACAAACAAGAUCACAGAAGAUGAGAUGAAGGGUGUCUCGCAUCAUCUGCUUGGUCGCAUUGGUCUGGAGGAAGAGACGUGGACGGUGGGGAAGUUUGUAGCAAACGCACUAGGAGUGAUUGAUGAGAUCAGAAGUCGAGGGAAGCUGCCUAUACUAGUUGGUGGGACGCACUACUAUACGCAAUCACUCCUCUUCAAAGAUGCCCUAUCCGAGGAGCCUUUGCUCAAGAUCGAUGAAAAUCAAUCCGAAAGACUUCCGGUUCUAGAUGAGCCUACCGAGGUCUUACUUAAAAGGCUGAGGGAGGUUGAUCCGGUCAUGGCCGACAGGUGGCAUCCGAACGAACGCCGAAAAAUCCAGCGAUCGCUGGAGAUCUUCCUCAAAACAGGGAAACCGGCCUCUCAAGUGUAUUCGGAGCAGCAAAGCAAAAAGGGCCUUUCAGCCGAUGAGUCGGGCAAUACUUCCAGUCUACGAUUCCCUACUCUUCUGUUCUGGGUACAUGCAUCGAAGGAGGUUUUGACGACCCGCCUUGACGCACGUGUCGACAAGAUGCUGGAGAAAGGCUUGCUCUCCGAAGUGGAGACACUCCAUAACUUCCGCUCCGAUUUCGAAGCACGUACUGGGCAAGAGAUCGACCAGACCCGAGGCAUAUGGGUCUCUAUUGGCUACAAAGAGUUUAUGGCUUACCAGACCGCACUUUGCGAGGGCUCACAUUCAGAAGCCGAACUUGCAAAGUUAAAGCAAGCAGCCAUUGAAAAGACGCAAGCUGCGACAAGGCAGUAUGCCAAGCGACAAGUUCGGUGGAUACAGAUCAAACUCCUUAACGCUCUUCUCGCGGCUGGCCAAGGAGGCAACACCUUUUUGCUUGACUUGCCAGACGUAUCCAAAUGGGAAGCGGCAGCUGUGCGACCGUCGACCGACAUUACCGAACGGUUCCUCUUGGGGCAGUCUCUACCAGAUCCAGCAUCGCUGUCCGAAGCCGCACGCGAUAUGCUGAACCCCAAACGCGACUACGAUUUAUCACAACGUCCAGAUCUUUGGGGCAAGCGCGUGUGCGAAACGUGCGGGACAACUUCUUUCAAUGAAAAUGACUGGAAACUACAUCUCAAGAGUCGGUCCCAUAGACGAGCUGUGGGCACCAACAAGAAGAAAGCCAACGUUCCGUCAGCUAGGUUUAGAGGCCCUACAGCCGCACAAGAAGACAUGAUCGAUGUGCUUGAGAGUUCCAUGUCGACCUUCCCUAAUGAGUCGUGA